AUGUUCGCCGAAACAAGUGGCGCGGCUGAUGCGAUAGCCGCCGAGCGAGUCCCCGCCAUGGCCACAACAACCCUCAAGGUCGACGGCAUGACCUGCGGAGCAUGCACGUCCGCUGUCGAGAGCGCAUUCAGGAAUGUCGCCGGUGCUGGUGAGGUCUCGGUGAGCCUCAUUAUGGGCCGCGCGACCGUUCAGCACGAUCCGUCAAUACUGGCACCGGCCAAAAUCGCGGAAAUGAUCGAGGAUUGUGGUUUCGACGCGGCUGUUCUAUCAACAGAAGAGCGAAUCCAGACGGCCGACGCCAGUGCCGAUGGCUUGUCGGCUCGAUCCUCCACGACCACCCUCGCGGUUGAAGGCAUGACCUGUGGCGCAUGUACAUCAGCAGUCGAAAGCGGGCUGAAAGACGUCGCCGGGGUGAACUCGGUGAAUGUGUCGCUACUGUCGGAACGCGCGGUGGUAGAACAUGAUGCAGCAACGAUUUCCCCGGAACAAAUAGCAGAGCAUAUUGAAGACCGAGGGUUCGGAGCCCGGGUGUUGGAAACAAAGUUCUCAUCGGACUCGGAAGACUCGUCGACGCUCGCCGACACAACUGAAAAUAAAACCGGUCACCUGGUCACCACUGUUGCAGUGCGCGGCAUGACAUGUGGCGCAUGUACAUCCAGUGUCCAGGGAGCCUUCGCCAACGUGGAUGGUGUAUUCCAGUUCAACAUUAGUCUUUUGGCGGAACGCGCCGUCAUUGUACAUGAUCCGUUGACCCUUUCGGCAAAAGAUAUUGUGGCAAAGGUGGAGGAUGCUGGAUUCGAUGCGUCGAUCGUAUCAUCCGAGGCCCAGGAACCGCUGUCAAAAAAAACACAGCAGAUCAACCUGAGUAUUCACGGCCUGCGAGAUAUCUCGGCUGCGACAGCGUUGGAGGAUGAUCUCACGAACCGAACAGGCAUCAAGUCAGCUUCCAUCAACAUGUCUAACACCCAAUUAUUGGUGGCCUUCGACACAUCAGUCAUAGGCGUUCGAUCCAUAUUCGAAGUCAUCGAAGCGGCCGGAUACAAUGCCCUAUUUACAGACACGGACGACACCAAUGCACAGCUUGAGUCUUUAUCGAAGACCAAAGAAAUUCAGGAAUGGCGGAGGGCAUUCAUCACCUCCGUAUCUUUUGCGGUUCCGGUCUUCCUGAUCAACAUGAUUUUGCCCAUGUACCUCCCAGCUCUCGACUUUGGCCGUUUGAGACUGCUUCCAGGCCUCUACCUCGGAGAUCUUGUAUGUCUUUGUCUAACAGCCCCCGUGCAAUUCGGAAUUGGGAGACGCUUCUAUGUUACGAGUUUCAAGUCCUUGCGACACCGGUCCCCGACUAUGGACGUUCUUGUCAUGUUGGGUACCUCGGCUGCCUUCUUCUACAGCUGCUUCACCAUGGUCAUGGCUUUAUGUGACGAUCAACACAUGCGGCCAAGCACGGUCUUCGAUACUAGCACAAUGCUAAUAACAUUCAUUACCCUGGGAAGAUGGCUGGAGAACCGAGCAAAGGGGCAGACAUCUGCCGCCUUAUCUCGGUUGAUGUCAUUGACACCAUCAAUGACCACCAUCUACGACGAUCCCAUCGCAGCUGAGAAGAUGGCCGAUGGCUGGGAAGGAGCGCCCGACGGCACCAACCACACCUUGUCUGACGAUGUAUCAGUCAACCAGAGGAUCAUUCCGACCGAGUUGAUUCAGGUUGGAGACAUCGUGAUCCUCCGUCCCGGAGAUAAGAUCUCGGCAGACGGCUUGGUCAUUCGUGGUGAAAGCUACGUCGAUGAAAGUAUGAUCACUGGUGAAGCAUUGCCGAUUCAUAAAAAGAAGGGCAGCCAUGUCAUUGGGGGCACUGUGAAUGGUACAAGCUCCAUCGACUUCAAGGUCAUCCGUGCUGGUAAAGAUACUCAGCUGAGCCAGAUCGUCAAGCUGGUUCAAGAUGCACAGACAAGCCGGGCUCCCAUUCAGCGCAUGGCUGAUAUCGUUGCUGGUUACUUUGUCCCAACAAUCAUCAGUUUGGGUAUGAUCACUUUCUUUGGGUGGAUGUUCCUAAGCCAUGUACUGCAGAACCCGCCGAAGAUCUUCCAGUCGGCAGACAGCGGUGGUCGUGUCAUGGUCUGUUUGAAGCUUUGCAUCUCCGUCAUUGUAUUUGCUUGCCCCUGUGCCUUGGGUCUCAGCACCCCUACCGCGGUCAUGGUCGGUACUGGAGUUGGCGCAGAGCAUGGGAUCCUUGUCAAGGGAGGUGCCGUUCUAGAGGCCGCCACCAAAGUCACUCAUGUGGUCUUUGACAAGACUGGCACACUGACAACCGGGAAGAUGAGCGUGUCCCAAGCGCAAAUUGAGCCUCACUGGACUACCAACGAUUGGCGACGCCAACUAUGGUGGCUCAUUGUCGGUCUCGCGGAGAUGGGCAGUGAGCAUCCCAUUGGCCGUGCUAUUCUGUCCGAAGCCAAAUCCGAAUCUGGCCACGGUAUGGAGGACGGACUUCCAGGAAGCGUUGGUGACUUUCAUGCUUCUGUUGGCAAGGGUGUCUCCGCUGUUGUACAACCCAGUUCGAGCGUCGAACGCACUCGCUACCAAAUCCUUCUUGGAAAUGCCGAGUUUCUCCGGUCAAGAGAAGUUUCUGUCCCUGCAUCGGCGGAUCCCGACACUUCGAAUCAUCACGAUAACCCGGACCUUGUGGCGCCUCCCAAACCGAACGCGUCUGGAGUCACGCGGAUCCAUGUUGCGAUCGACAGUCGUUACGCUGGAACCAUAUCUCUUCUAGAUAGUGUAAAAAGUACGGCAAUUGCGUCUGUGGCAGCCCUGCAUAGAAUGGGUAUCUCCACGUCGAUGGUGACGGGUGAUACUCUUUCUACAGCACUUACCAUCGCUUCCGCGGUUGGCAUUCCGUCAGCUUCGGUCCACGCAUCAGCUUCGCCUUCUGAAAAGCGAACUAUCAUCUCGAACUUCCAAUUGAACGGGGAGCGGGUUGCAAUGGUCGGCGACGGAAUCAACGAUUCUCCCGCUCUCGCAACUGCAUCAGUUGGUAUUGCUCUAGCAUCAGGAACUGAUGUUGCUGUGGAAGCAGCAGACAUCGUCCUUAUGCGUCCAGAUGACCUCCUCUCGGUCCCGGCCAGUCUUUCCCUCUCACGCGCAGUCUUCACCCGUAUCAAAUUGAAUCUGGUGUGGGCCUGCUUGUACAACGUCAUCGGUCUCCCCUUCGCGAUGGGUAUCUUCCUGCCAUUCACAGGGUUUAUGCUCCCCCCAAUGGCAGCAGGAGCUGCCAUGGCCCUCUCCAGCGUUUCGGUCGUUGUGAGCAGUUUGCUUCUUAAGCUCUGGCGUCGCCCAUCAUGGAUGGACCCCGAGCGACUUGAGAAAGAGCUGGGAUCCGGCGCUAUCCCCAUUAACGGAGCACGCCACGGUCGCAAGGCUAGCUGGUGGGCACCUGCGAAGAUACUCUCGUCUGACCAUCCCGGUUCCCUUCGCCGCUGGGUUGGUGACACUGCGAUGGGACUGUGGGCCGCGGCGACCGGGAAGCGUACAACCAUUCGUGAAGAUGAUGGCUAUGUCCCACUUCAAACCGUCGAGCCUCCUGUUUGA